CUUUAUGGGCAUGUUUAUUCUGGCAUCAGAGAAACACGUUUCUGUCCGGAUAACGACAUGGGCUCUGGAGACAGUUUGAGGAAGAUUACUGCCCUGAUUGGAGUCUUUGUGGUUUUAAAGGUGCAAGCUGUUCCGACACGUACCGGUGAUAAUGCAGAUGCUGGUGAACUGAGGGAUGACAUACUUGACAUUAACAGAGGGUUAGAUCACCUGUUUGAAGGGGACAUCGCUGGUAAUCCCAACAGAAAUGCAAUCCUUGAUCAAACAAGAAGAUGGAAGUUUCCCAUUGCCUAUAUCUUGACUGAUUCUUUAGAACUGAAUGCUAAAGGUGUGAUCCUCCAGGCUUUUGAGGAAUACCGUUUGAGAUCCUGUGUAGACUUCAAGCCCUACGAGGGAGAGACCAGCUACAUCUCCUUCACCAAGCUGUCUGGAUGCUGGUCAUAUGUUGGAGACGAUAAAGUAGGCCAGAAUGUGUCCAUUGGCGCCGGGUGUGACACUAAGGCCAUUGUGCAACAUGAGCUCCUUCACGCUCUGGGCUUUUACCAUGAACAGUCUCGCUCAGAUAGAGAUGACUAUGUCAAAAUCUGGUGGGACCAGAUUGAAGAAGGAAAGGAGCACAAUUUCAACAAGUAUGAAGAUGACUUCAUCACUGAUAUGAACACGGCGUAUGAUUAUGAGUCCAUCAUGCACUACAGACCACUGUCUUUCAACAAGAACGAGAGCAUCCCCACAAUUACCACCACCAUACCAUAUUUUAAUGAGGUCAUUGGCCAACGGCUGGACUUCAGUGCUGUCGACAUCACCAGGCUCAACCGCAUGUAUGACUGUGCCAACACACACACUCUCCUGGACCAAUGCUCCUUUGAGCAGAUCAACAUCUGUGGAAUGAUCCAGAAUGAGGAGGACAACGCAGACUGGGUCCAGACGUUGAGCAGUCCAGCUGAUACAGACCACACCCUGGGAGGGCGCUGCAGAGAUUCUGGUUACUACAUGAAGUUUGACACAUCUUCCGGCGCAGUUGGAAGCAGCGCCUUGCUGGAGUCACGUAUCCUGUACCCCAAGAGAGACGAGCAGUGCCUGCAGUUCUUCUACAAGAUGACUGGAGCAGCUGGGGACCAACUGGUGAUAUGGAUCAGGACUGAUGACGGGACGGGGACUGUGAGUAGUGCCAGGAAGAUACACACCAUUACAGGUGAUGGAGAUGCUGCCUGGAAAAUAGCCCAUGUGACUCUCAAGGUGACAGAGAAGUUCCGCUAUUUCUUCCAAGGCAUCAGAGGAUCAUCCACCUCCUCGGGCACCAUCUUAAUCGAUGACAUCACUCUUACUGAGACCGUUUGCCCCACACUCUUCACCACUGGAACAAACCAACAGCUUCUUCAGGAGCAGUGUUUGAUGCCAGCUGCCAAUGCUACCGCGGUCCAGACUUUGGCUGGAGCACGUUCAUUUCUCACAAGCAUCUGCACAGGAGGAGCUUCCUCAAGAACAAUGACCUUAUCAUUACUGCCGACUUCAGUGAUUUGACCCACCUGAUCAAGACUGAGGUACCUGUCAAACCGGCCACACCAAGUGAUGACAUCACUGAUGAGAAGCCAGUCAGUGCGGUGGAAAUGAGACAGGAGGCACCAAAACACAGAGAAGCACGUGCUGCCAACCCCUGUCAUCCCAACGCCUGUUAUAAUGGAGGCGUGUGUGUGGAGAGUGAAGGGAAGGCCUCAUGCAGGUGUGCAUCAAGCCAGACCACCUACUACACUGGUAAAAGGUGUGAGGAACUAAACAUAAACAGAAGCAUUCUGGGAGCUCUGGUUGGUGGCACAGCGGGGACCGUAGUUCUAACGCUGGCCAUUUUCACUGUCAUCAGGAGAGCUCAGUGAACACAUUUCAGAGGAAUAAUGGGUCCUUCAUUCAGCAGUGAAAUACACAGCAAAAUAGUUCCCAUACCAGGCAGAAGUAUUUGUAUUAAGCUCAUUUCGCACCAAGUGCACCAACUGCACCUAGUGCAUCCUGUGCCUAUCUCUAUGUAUUUCUGAUGUGUCCUCACAUGAAAAAUUUUUUACAGUUUUCUCCUUAGACUGAGCCUAGAAAUAAGACUUCUCAAAGCUGUACCCCCCAAGGUACAAAUUAAUGCAGGUUUCACUUUUAAAAUAAUUACUUUCAUCAUGAAGUAUUAAAUUGAAAACUAUACUCAAGCCUGGACUGGCAGGAAAAUAAAACUAUAGCUAAAACCAAAGUAAGCCCAAACAUCAACAAAUUAUAUUCUCCCAAAUUAACAUUUCGCAGGUGGAUAGCAUCAAUUGAUUCAUGUGACCCAAGUGUGGUUUAUUUGUAUGUUAAAUUGAAUCAUAUUUAGCUUGCUAAAUGAAUUCUGUUAAAAUGAAAAAUGUAUAGUUUGGAUUGAAAUCAUGCGCCGUGUAAAGAACAAUAAAAAACAUUUGAUGCCUUG